AUGGGUGCCGACGCCGGUCCGUCGACGGCCGAACAGCCACAGGUUCAGGCUGAGGCCAGGAAACCUCACAUCGCAGACACCAAGAUCACUCUCGCCAACUGGCACAAGCAUGUCAAUUGGCUUAACGUCGUCCUCAUCCUCCUCGUUCCCUUCCUGGGAUGCGUACAGGCGCUGUGGGUGCCGCUACAGUUCAAGACGGCCGUCUGGGCGGUUGUCUACUACUUCAUGACCGGUCUGGGAAUCACAGCUGGAUACCAUCGUCUAUGGGCACAUUGCUCGUACUCUGCCACUUUCCCGCUCAGAGUCUACCUGGCUGCUGUUGGCGGUGGUGCCGUUGAAGGAUCUAUCAGAUGGUGGGCUCGCGGCCACCGCGCCCACCACAGAUACACCGACACCGACAAGGACCCCUACUCAGUCCGCAAGGGCCUGCUUUACUCCCACAUCGGGUGGAUGGUCAUGAAGCAGAACCCCAAACGCAUCGGACGUACCGACAUCACCGAUCUCAACGAAGAUCCCGUCGUCAUCUGGCAGCACAAGCACUACCUCAAGGUCGUCAUCUUCAUGGGUCUCAUCUUCCCCAUGCUCGUCAGCGGUCUCGGAUGGGGUGACUGGGCCGGUGGUAUCGUCUACGCCGGUAUCCUGCGCAUCUUCUUCGUCCAGCAGGCCACCUUCUGCGUCAACUCGCUCGCUCACUGGCUGGGUGACCAACCCUUUGACGACCGCAACUCUCCUCGCGACCACGUCAUCACCGCCCUCGUCACUCUGGGAGAAGGAUACCACAACUUCCACCACGAGUUCCCCUCCGACUACCGAAAUGCCAUCGAAUGGCACCAGUACGACCCCACCAAAUGGACCAUCUGGACCUGGAAGCAGCUCGGCCUCGCCUUUGACCUCAAGCAGUUCCGAUCCAACGAGAUCGAAAAGGGCCGUGUCCAGCAGCUGCAGAAGAAGAUCGACCAGCGCCGUGCAAAACUCGACUGGGGCGUGCCUCUCGACCAGCUACCCGUCAUGGAAUGGGACGACUACGUCGAGCAGUCCAAGAACGGCCGUGGGCUGGUUGCCAUUGCCGGUGUCGUCCACGAUGUCACCGACUUCAUCAAGGACCACCCCGGCGGCAAGGCAAUGAUCAACUCUGGUAUCGGCAAGGACGCCACCGCCAUGUUCAACGGCGGUGUAUACAACCACUCCAACGCCGCACACAACCUACUCUCGACGAUGCAGACAACCUUCAUUCUGGCGCCGACGUCGAGAUACCGUCUCUCUCCCUUCUGGCUCGCGAUCCCGCUCUUCCUUGGGAUCUUCCUCAUCCUGGCUCCCUCACUGCGCUUCCCCGCCUUAAGGCUGCUGCCUCUGCGCAACGCCCGCCCCGCCACCUCCUUCUCCUCCCCCUCGCCCGUCCUCCUCUACUCAGCAACAUCAGCCCUGACAGCAUCGACAGCAUCGUCCGCCAUACGACCGCUCACCACAGCAUCAAUGGCGCCCUCAGCUCUGCGAACACCGCCUCAGGCCCCGCCGCUGUUCGUGGGCACGCCCGCGUCCGUCGUGGCAGAUACAAAGCGUCUGAUCGAGCUCUCGCGUGGUAUCCAGGAUGCCGUCGCCGCCAACGUCACGGCAGAGACAGCAACGUUCGAUAAAGUCAUACUUCCUCUAGCCCAUGAUGAAAACACCAUGGCUCUCGAAUCACAUAUCCUAGGCUUCUACCAGUCUGUUUCAACGGAUAGUAAGCUGCGUGAUGCGUCGACGGAGGCAGAGCGGCUGAUGAACGAUUUCGGUAUCGAGACGUCCAUGCGUGAAGAUCUGUAUAAGCUUGUCGACGCGGCGGUGAAGAAGGAUGAGAAGCUCGAUCCCGAGUCGAAGAAGUUGCUUGAGAAGGAACAUAAGGAUUAUAUCCGUAACGGACUUGGGUUGCCUGCUGGGCCUCAGCGGGAUAGGUUCAAGGAGAUCAAGAAGCGGUUGAGCGAGAUUAGUCUUGAGUUUCAGAAGAACCUUAACGAAGAGAAUGGUGGGCUCUGGUUUACUAGGGAGGCACUCAAUGGUGUCCCCGAGGAUGUGUUGUCUGGGUUGAAGAAGGGUGAGGGCGAGAACGAGGGCAAGCUACGGUUGACCUUCAAGUAUCCCGAUCUCUUCCCGACGCUGAAAUAUGCUACCAACCCGGAGACCAGAAAGACGGUGACCAUCGCCAACGAGAACAAGUGUAACCAGAACAUCCCACUGUUCAAGGAGACCCUUGUCCUUCGUGACGAGGCCGCUAGACUCCUCAAUUAUCCUAACCACGCCGCCUUCAGGAUCGAGGAUAAGAUGGCCAAAACCCCCAAGACGGUCGAUGACUUCUUGGGUGAUCUACGCUCUAGGCUGACGGAUGGUGGUAAGGAAGAGAUCAAGACGCUCAUGGCAAUGAAGAAGAAGGACCUCGAAGCUCAAAGCAAGGCAUUCGACGGACAUUACUUCCUCUGGGACCACAGGUUCUACGACCGCAUGAUGUUGGAGAAGGAUUACCAGCUCGACCAUCAGUUGAUCGCCGAAUACUUCCCGCUUCAAACUACCAUCCGCGGCAUGCUGGAGAUCUUCGAGCAGAUCUUCGGCCUUGUCUUUGUUGAGAUCCAGGGUGAGGAGAGAGCCAAGAUCUCUACCUCUGGUAAGGCAGAGGAUAUCGUCUGGCAUGAUGAGGUGCAGGUGUUCAGCGUCUGGAACGACGAGGGUGAAGGAAAUGGGUUCGUCGGAUACCUAUAUCUUGACCUCUUCCCACGCGAGGGCAAGUAUGGUCAUGCUGCCAACUUCAACUUGCAGCCGGGCUUCAUUCAAAAAGACGGAUCCCGUCGCUACCCAGCCACUGCACUGGUCUGCAACUUCUCCAAGCCAACCGAGAAGAAACCAAGUCUCCUUAAACACGACGAAGUCGUCACCCUCUUCCACGAGCUUGGUCACGGAAUCCACGAUCUCGUCUCAAAGACCAUCUACUCUCGUUUCCACGGCACCAGCACAGUCCGUGAUUUCGUAGAGGCACCCAGCCAAAUGCUCGAGAACUGGUGCUGGACCCCAUCUCAACUCAAGUCGCUUAGCAAGCACUACUCUACCAUUUCACCAGAAUACUUCCAGGCCUGGAAGGAGCAUGCAGGCGACAAGCCAGCCCCCGCCGCCGAGAUUCCAGAUGCGCUUAUUCAAAACCUCAUCAAGACGAAGCACGUCAACGCAGCUCUGUUUAACCUACGACAGCUCCACUUUGGAAUUUUCGACAUGACCGUCCACGAGCCCAAGGAUCACGAGGAGAUCAAGGGCAUGAACGUUUCAGAGACUUAUAACAAGCUUCGAAAGGAAAUUGCUUCUCUAGACGGACCUGAGGUUCUCGGUCAGGGAUACUCCUGGGGCCAUGGAGAGGCUACCUUUGGCCAUCUCAUGGGUGGCUACGAUGCCGGCUAUUACGGUUACUUGAGCUCACAAGUCUACUCCGCCGACAUGUUCUAUACCGCUUUCAAAGAAGACCCCAUGGACAAGAAAGCAGGACGCCGAUACCGCUACUCCGUUCUCGAGAAGGGAGGAAGCCAAGACGAAAUGACUACUCUAAAGGAGUUCCUCGGCCGCGAUCCAAAGCCAGAUGCGUUCUACAAGGAGCUUGGACUUGCAUAG